AUGAAGUUCGGGAAGUAUCUCGAAGGUAGACAAUUAGAAUUGUCAGAAUAUAAUGGACACUUCAUUGAUUAUAAAGGUUUAAAGAAAUUGAUCAAGCAAUUAGCCAUUCCUGUAUUUCCAAGUGGCGAACCAAAUUCAACAGAUCUAUCAAUAGACCAAAAUAAAACCAAAAUUGAUGAUGAUGAUAAUGAUGAUGACGUAACAGAUUUUAAUAAUCCGGUCUUCUAUCAUCGUUUACAAGAAAAUAAAGCAUCCUUCUUCUUUAGAUUAGAAAGAGAAUUAGAGAAAGUUAAUUCUUUUUAUUUAGAGAAAGAAGCGGAUUUAAGAGUACAAUUUAAUAUUUUACAAUCUAAAUAUAAUAAUUAUAAAAAAAAUGGUAGAUUGAGUUCCAGAAUAGCAAUAUCAUUUAAAACAAUAUAUGGUGGAUUUAUAAAAUUUCAAAAAGAUUUAAGUAAUUUUGAACAAUUCGUAGAAUUAAAUAAGACAGGUUUUUCAAAAGUUUUAAAAAAAUGGGAUAAAAGAUCACAUUCUCAAGAGAAAGAAUUUUAUUUGGCUACUGUUGUUUCAGUACAGCCAAUUUUUGCAAGAAAUGAAGCAUUGAAAUUAAAUGAUGAAACAUUAAAUAUUUUAAUUGAAUUGAAUGAUGUUAAUAAUAAUAAUGAAACUAAUGAUUCAAAGCAACCAUUAGAACAUAUAGAUAAUGAUAGUGUACAAAAUAUAAAAUAUCAAUCUAACCAGACAGAUCUUAGAGAUAUUCAAGGUAGUAAAUUGACACAAACAUUGAAUGUAUUAAAUUUGAAACCUGUUAAUAAUCAUGGUAUUGUAAACUAUUCUACGAAUCCUCUAGAAUAUUUUGAUUGUGAUACAAAGAUUGAAAAUUGGUAUAUUGAAUUAAUAAAUAUUGCAAAAUUGAAAGAUGAUGAUAGAAGACAUAAUACUUUGACGAAUUUUACUGUCACUAAGAUAGAACAAUCUAUCAAUAGUAGUAAUUUAUCUGAUAAAGCUACUUUGCUUACGAAAUGUAUUUCAAGGUUAUUUCUAUUGUUGAUUAGUUCAACUAUUGAUGACAUAAGUUUAAAAGUCUUCUACGAAGCUUCUAAAUCAAAUAUAGAUUUAUUAUACAGUGGUAAUGACGAAGAAGAGUUUACAAAGAGAAGUAUCAUGCAUGAAGCAAUGCAUUCAUCUGCACAGCCAAGAACAUUUAUUAUUCAGUUAUGUAUGGACACAUUAGAUCUGGAUACAUUAAGACAUUUAAUUAACGGUCAGGAUAUUUAUCUAAGAACGCCAUUACAUUACGCAGCGGAACUAGGGAAAUUAGACUCUAUAAAACUUAUUAUAAGUUCAACACUGGUAAUGACGAUCGAUGAGGUUGAUAAUAAUUCAAAGAGUCCUUUAAUUUUAUCGAUUAUUAAUAAUCAUAAUGAUAUUGUGGAGUUUUUAUUGAUAUUUGGUGGCGCAUCUGUAGUUCCUAAAUUCACUGAACAAAUGGGUCCACAAUUCUCACCAUUAUGUGUCGCUUGUAAAUAUAAUAACUUAAAGGCGACCCAAUUACUUCUAAAAUUACGCAGUGAACGUAAGAUUGGUUUAAAGGAUCCAUCUGAUCCUGAAGCCGCUGAAGCGUUGCAUAUUGUAGCGAAAAACGGUGGUGAUAGUAAAUUAAUUAGUGCAUUAAUUUCGUAUGGUGCUAAUCCUAACGGGAUUGAUAAUUUUAACAAAUGGACUCCGAUUUUUUAUGCUAUUCAAAAAGGUAAUGCAGCCUCAGCAGAAAUGUUAUUGAAUAAUGGUGCGAGAUUAGAUGUCACUGAUGAAGAUGGUAAAAGUCCUUUGUUUUAUACUCUUUGGGAUAGCCAUAUUGGUGUAUUGAAUGCGAUCUUACCAUUUAUUAAUCAACUUGAUAAACAAAAACCAAUCGCCCAGAUUGGUUUGACCCCUAUGCAAAACAACGAUUUACCUGACGAUUUAGACGAAUUAGAUGGUUCGUUAGAACAUAUUCCCGAUUUUGAAUUACCACCACCUAUUAUACCUUUAAGAAAAUAUGGUCACAAUUUCUUAGAAAAGAAAAUUUUCAUUAAAUUAGUAUUCAAGGAAGGUGAAAAAUGUAUUCAUUUUAAUAACAAUGAUACAUUGGAAUUAACACAACCUGGAAGAAUGACAAUCACAUCCAAUUUAUCGGAUAUUGUCCCUCGUAAUAUUAUUUUUUCUGUUGGAGAAAAUUCUGAUUAUGAUGAGUCGAAGACUAAUAGUUAUGAAGCUACAUUUCUAAUUGAUACAUUAGAUAAUUUUUCAAUUGAUUUUGAAAUUUUUGCAUCUUUUGGAACAAGAUUAUUGGCCAAAACUACCGCAAUGUCUCAUUUUUUCACCAAUGAUUUAGUAUCGAGCAUGAGAGAUAUCACUCUUUCUUUAUUCGAUCAUAGAUUAAAUUGUGUAGGUAGUUUGGAAUUGCAAUAUCAAGUUAUUUUACCAUAUCUCGCUAAACCGUUACAAAUAACAAAAUAUGAACCUUAUUGGAAAUCUACAGGUAACAAUAAUAGUAAUAACAAUAAUAAUAAUAUUCCGGGUAUUAUGGGACUUGACAACCAGGGUGCCGUUUCUAAGAAUGCGUUUAAUAGCGUUCAGUCAACAAUUGUUACUUCUUCAUCAUUAGCAGGUGUUUUCAUUAGCAUCAAAGUAUUCGCUUUAAACGAUGGUACAAUUGUUGCGUCUCCAAAUUUUUAUGUCGAUAUACAUGGAACUAAUAUUUUGAUUAAUGAUUUGAGUAAACCUCAAUUAGAAAAACUAUGUGGAUAUAAUAUCGACGAAAUUGAAAAUGAUAUAUGUAACACCAUUGGAUAUGAUGAUGAAAAAAUCAUUGGUUUCUUUAAAACAUUGAUUAGUUCUAAAAUAUUUCAAUUUGAUACUUUAUUGAAAGCUAUACCUAAAUCCAUUCAAUUGGUGGUUCAAGUUUGUUUUCCAACAUUAGAGGAGAUUCAAAACACCCCAGUUAAGAUAUCUCCAUAUGUGACUAUCAAUAAGUUUAUUGAUGAUAUAUUAUAUAUCAUUUUCGAACAUGAACGUACAUUACGUCAUUCAGGACAAAGUAUUAGAUCUAUUGUUUUCAGUUCUUGUAAUUGGCAAGCAUGUUCAAUCUUAAAUUGGAAGCAACCGAAUUUCCCUGUUUUAUUAAGAAUGAAUACGUUAAGCAAAUCUGGUAAUUUAUUUAUCGGAGAUACACCACAUCGUUUGAAAUCUGUUACCAUACAGAGAAAUGCGAUCGAUAUACCAAUAUAUGACGAAAAUAAUACUGAUACAAAUCAAAUAACGGACCAAUCAAGUAACAAUAUGAUUGCAGAUGAUAAUAAUCCGAUCUCUAUCCAUGAUAUGGUUAGAUUCGCCAUAAGUAAUAAUCUUUUAGGGGUAAUUAUUCCUUAUGAACUUUUAAGAUUAUGUGAAACUUUAAAUAGUGUCAUUAAGGGUCAAGAAUUGUUAUUGAUCGGUUCAAGUCAGGAUAGUAAUGAUCUAAUGAAGGAGGAUAAGGAAAUUAAUGGACGGUAUUAUGACGCAGAAUUGAUAUUCAAUUGA